AUGGCAUUCAAAGUCGUACUACUCUCAACUCUACUGGCUGUUGUUAGCGCCGGCGUUUUGCAACCCAUCACCUAUGCACAUGUCGCCAAUCCUGCGGUGGAUGCUGUUGCUUCGACACACCAAAAUGUGGUACGUUCUUUCGACGGUACUGUCUCCCACUAUUCGAAGAACGUUGAGACACCCUACUCCAGUGUACACAAAUCCGACACACGCAUCAGCAAUAAUGUCUAUACACCAGCUGUAGCCAAGACGGUCACCUAUGCUGCUCCAUCGCAGACGGUUUAUGAGCAUCAUGAGGCCACACCUGCUGUCUAUGCUCAUCCAGAACUGCAGCCAACCGCUGCUGUUUACACUCAUGCCGCGCCGGUGGCCAAAACGGUCAGCUAUGCUGCACCUGUUGUGGCCAAAGCUUUGACUUACGCAGCACCAGCUCCUGUAUAUGCUGCCCCAGCUGUCGCCAAAACCAUCAGCUAUGCUGCUCCAGCUCCUGUCUACCAUCAGCAUGCUGCUCCAGCUGUGGCCACUACCACCUACAAUCAUGGACCAGCUGGCGCCAGCUACACUCAUAAUUCGCCCGGUGUUUCUGCCUACGGUUCCAGCCAGACUGUGCACUAUUCGCCCGCCGAGAUGGUGUCGCACAUGAGCUUCGAUGGUUUUGGCACCCACUGGGGAUACUAA